AUGUCGACGAAAAGAUUGCGCAUCAAUGACCUCGAUUCCCACGCCAAGAGAGCUCGGCCUCGUCUAAAUGCCUCUCGAAUAUCUACCAAUUCUGGCCCCGCCGCGACUGAAGACAUGCCGCCUAUGACUAUGCACGACGAUACGAGAUCAAUUAUCUUAGCAGACGAGACUACUCCUGCACAUCAAUAUCACGACAGUACCGACAUUGGGGGCUUCUUCGCAGCAGUCAACAGUAGCAAUACUGCAGAAUUUUUCGAUGACACCAUUGGGCAGUUUUAUAUUACAGAGAGCAAUAAUGUCGCACGACUUAUCGCGGCUACUGAUGACGACGACAGCGGCAUGUUCUUCGCAUCCAUUCCCACUGGCGACUUUUCCGCACCCCAAACGCCACAUAAACCUCUUGAGCAAUAG